AUGAAUAACAUAAACGCGGAGGAAACGAGAAGCAGCUGCCAGACCUUCGGGAUCCUCUUCGGCUUCGGUUGUGCCAAAGAUGGCUACAACAUCCACUGCACCAGACGACGAUGGCUCUUCGUCCUAUCACUGUUGUUCUUGCUCCAAUGUUACUUCAAUGUGUCCGUCUAUCUGAACUUGCUCCAAAGUGCUGGGAUCGACAGACUGUACUAUUUCAACGCCUGGCCAAACGCCUCUGAAGAAAUUGAGAAUAAAAGUGUUGAAUAUUAUAAAUAUCCUAUCAUAAUCAACUCAUCCGGUAUAUCUAUGUGUGAUGACGACUCUCCGAAAAACUUUUUAUCUGACACCCCCACCUGUCAAACGAAUAAUACUUAUUUUGGACGAAUAAUAGUCAACAAGCAGGAACCGACUCUAGACUUGGUCGCUCGAGAGAACCCUCACGUGAAGACAGGAGGGUACUACAACCCUGCCCACUGCCGCGCCAGAUAUCGCGUCGCCGUUAUAGUUCCAUACCGUGAUCGGAAGGAACACCUGGCUGUACUCCUGCGCUACAUUCAUCCGCUGUUACAGAAACAACUGCUGGAAUACAGAAUAUUUGUCGUCGAACAAUACGGUAACGAAAAGUUCAACAAAGGCACAUUAUACAACAUCGCUUUCCUGGAGAGCCAGCGGUUCGGCAGCUGGGACUGCCUGAUCUUCCACGACGUGGACCUCAUCCCCGAGGACGAGAGGAUCUCGUACUCCUGCCAGGAGAACCCCACGCACAUGUCGCCAGCUGUAGAAUCCUUUGGUUAUAAACUCCCCUACAGACUUAUCUUCGGGGGCGUGACGUCAUUAACUCCGGAACAAUAUAGGGCCGUGAAUGGAUAUUCCAACUUCUAUUGGAACUGGGGCGCAGAGGAUGAUGACUUUUAUUACAGACUACAAUUAAAGAACUACACAGUGGCUCGUUAUGAUAGUUCUAUUGCCAGAUACGCUAGCCUUCCACACAAGCAUAGCACCAUCGGAAAUGAAAGGACUCUACUCCUAAUGCUAUCAAAAUUGCGCGCUCGGAAAGAAGGUCUGAUCUCCACAAAGUACAACCUGGUCCAAGUCACGAAAGAAAAGCUGUUCACCCACAUACUAGCGGACGUGAACCCGAUGAAGAUCGACCUGGACACCAAGACGCUUGUGCAAGAAGUCAUCAACUUGCAGGGGAAUACCAUUGAGUAUGGACGACAAGAGAGGGAACUCAGUAAUCCUACUGUUAUGUAACUUAUGCAUUAAAUAUUAGGUCAAGUUAA